AGGGCAUACCAGGAGCAAGCUACCGUCCGUCAUAAUUCGCGAGCCGGCGGGGUGGGAGGGAGAAUAGACCAACCCUGCGCUCACUAGCGAUAGCUCCACAACGCCUGCAUAAAGAGGCGGGGGAUUGUGAAUGCUGAAGAGCAUACGCAGCUUAGUCUUUUCGAGUCGCAGAGCUAUUAUCUUGGAGCAUUUUAGGGCAUUGAUAAAGUUCCACGGACCAAACGUCGUUUACUAGCCUAUUCUUUGGAAGAAAGAAGAUACCGUUCACAAGACCAGCGGAGCCCUGUGAGAGAUGUGAAUUCCCACCAACAGAGGUCAGGGGUCAACCAGGUCAGCGAGGAUCCACGCCAUCAUGGCUGACAGAGAGGGGCGUUGCGGCGCUGGGUUUGAUCUGCCCACGGUCGCCCCGGGCCGCGUGUACGUGGAGGUGGAGUACGACUAUGAGUACAAGGCCAAGGACAAGGUGAUCUCCAUCAGACAGGGGGAGUGCUACAUGCUGGUCAAGAAGACCAACGAGGACUGGUGGCAGGUACGGAGGGAGGAGGGGUUGAAAGCCUUCUACGUCCCGGCGCAGUACGUCAGGGAGGUGCGCCGGGCCCUCAUGCCCCCUCAGAAGCCUCUGAUGUCAGGCGGGAUGGUCCGGGUGAAGCCUACGGUUUUGGAUAUUUGUAGUGUGUCCAGUGAGAACCUCAACAACCGCCCGCCUCAGGAGAUGUCUAGUUUCGGGCGCCCGUCGCCCUCCUCCACACCCUCCCCUUCCCCCGGGCACAUCACCCCACCCGCUCAGCCCAAGGACGCCAACCAGAACCCAGGCAGCCCACGGCAUAGCAAGCCCCCCGGCGUAGCCGAGCUGGUUCUCCUACACAACAACAACAACCAUCACCAUAGCAACAACUCCACGUUACCACGGAUGCGGGCUGACUCCCCGCCCCCCAGAGCCCCUAUCAACCGCCAUACUGACCACCAAGGGGGUCCAGACUUAGACCGGACCCCCUCCUCUUCUGGGGAGUCCCCUGGCGAGGGAUUCGAGAAGCUCCGGAAUGACUCUGAGUCUGGAGACGACCUGAGUAGCAGCUCGACUGAGCACAUGCAGACUACGUCUCCAACGGGGCAGGGCCGGCCAGAGUCCCCCGUCUAUACCAACCUCCAGGAGCUAAAGGUCUCCCAGUCCAACCCGCCUCCCCUCCCCACUCUCUCCCCACUGCACAUCAUCGGGGACUGGGAGACCCAUAAGGACCUCACCGGCAGGCACUUCUACUUCAACCGGGCCAGCGGAGAGCGCACGUGGAAGCCGCCCCGCGCUCGUGAUGCCAGCAGCAGUACCAGUAGUAGUCGUGGAGACCCCCACUGCAUGGGGGAAAUGGAGCGGUUGUCUUCUGAGGAGAACUGUCACAGCAGCACCUACUCCAGUCAGUCAGACAGUCAGUACGGAUCGCCCCCUAGGGGCUGGUCCGAGGAACUGGACGAAUACGGCCACACCCUCUACGUCUGUGAGCAUACUCAUGAGAAGUGGAUAAAGCAUGUGGAUGAGCAAGGCAGGCCUUACUACUACAGCGCUGAUGGCUCGAGGUCCGAAUGGGAACUACCCAAAUACGCCAUUUCUUCUCCUCAGCCAGGUGAUCCUCCCAAGAGUCGCAGCCUGGAGCGGAAGCUGCCGGAUCCGAUCGUCCUGACCAAGUGGAGACACAGUACCUACGUACUGGACCUCAACGAAAAGUUCUCUUUCAAAAAACUCAGGCGCUUUGGCUCUGGCCAUCAGCUGGGGAGAGCUUUUUACCGUGGUAAAGCGUGUGGCCUUACGUCACCCAGGCUGAGCUCCCCUGACUCUGACUCCUGUCCCUCAUCUCCCAAGCUCCCCUCAACCCCCUCUGAGAAGUGUGGAGUCCUCAAUGUCACCAAAAUCACUGAGAAUGGCAAGAAAGUUAGGAAGAACUGGACGUCAUCAUGGACCGUACUGCAGGGCUCGUCGUUGCUUUUCGCUAAAGGCCAGGGGGGUGGCACCAGCUGGUCGUACUACCGUAGUGGCUCCAUUCCUGAGCUGCUGCUCACCCUUCUGGCCAACUGGAAGCGUACAAUCAAGCCCCGCCCAGCUGUCUCCUGUGGACAUUCUGUCCAUGGGCGUGCCCAGGCCGCCACUAAGUUCGGGGGUAACCAGUCGAAGCCAGAGUUUACAGUCGACCUCAGAGGAGGUUCUGUGGAUUGGGCGUCCAAGGAUAAAUCCAGCAAAAAACAUGUUAUUGAGCUGAAGACCCGUCAGGGCACAGAGUUGCUGAUCCAAUCAGAGAUUGACAGCGUCAUCAAUGACUGGUACCGAGCCCUGACAGACACCAUCAGUACACACGCAUGGGAGUCCGACGAGGCCAUAGAGGAGGACAUGCCUGAGUCCCCCGGGGCUGAGAAACAGGAUAAGGAGAAGGACCACAGAGACUCCAAGAAAACCAGAGCCAUGAAGACGUCUGUCAGCAUGGACUCCUCUGACCAGAAGAAGACCAGGGUGAAGCUGAAGAAAUUCCUGACCCGCCGGCCAACAUACCAGGCGGUCAGAGACAAGGGCUACAUUAAAGACCAGGUGUUUGGUUGCAGUCUGAGCAGCCUGUGUCAGCGGGAGAACACCUCCGUUCCCAACUUUGUCACCAUGUGCAUCGACCACGUGGAAAACACCGGUCUGAGUAUAGAUGGCAUAUAUCGAGUGAGUGGGAACCUAGCCGUGAUACAGAAGCUGCGUUUUGCCAUCAAUCACGAUGAGAAGGUACAGCUGGAUGAUAGUAAGUGGGAGGACAUCCAUGUCACAACGGGAGCCCUGAAGAUGUUCUUCAGAGAACUUCCUGAACCCCUCUUCACCUAUGACUCCUUCAACGACUUCAUCAACGCCAUUAAAUGCUCAGACUAUAAGCAGCGAGUAAAUGUGAUUAAAGACUUAAUCAAGCAGUUGCCAAAACCAAAUCACGACACAAUGCAAUGCCUCUUCAAGCAUCUCAGAAGGGUGAUUGACCAUGGCGAGGCCAACCGCAUGACGACCCAGAGUGUAGCAAUAGUCUUCGGCCCCACCCUGCUUAGGCCUGAGACGGAGACAGGAAACAUUGCCGUUCACAUGGUCUACCAGAACCAGAUUGUGGAACUAAUCUUACUGGAGUAUGAGAAAAUCUUUGGGAGGUAGAAAAGAAACCCCUUAGGGAAAACACCUGAGGAGAAACCUGUGGAAGAUGAGAGGAUGGGAUGGAUCCUGGUCGCACUGACCCAAAACCGCUUACUUUGGUGAAUGAAACUAUGCUGCUUUGGGCCGAGCAAUUUGUAGAAAAGCAGAGAAAAAAGUAAUUAUUGUUCAUUUCAUAAGAUAAAGGAAGCUAGCGCGCGACUUUGCACUUAACAUUUUGAGAGAGCUGAGUGUGAUGUAAAUAAAUGCAUAUUUAAUUCACUUCGGUUGCCAUGCCUGCAGCCAGUAGCAGGGCUGAGCCCACGUUUCAAGAAGAGGAUGUUGAUUGGUCGGUUGCUGAGACUGCUGGAUCUAGGACAGAGUCGUCAUUGCCGCGACCGCAGACCGUGUGAAGUGCAUAGAUGGGUCUCCCUUCAUGUGUGACGUAAACCAGUGGGUUGAAAUAUUCAGGGUAAACUGGAAUACAUACACUGGAAUCAUUCGGCCAGUAUUUUGUACAUACGACAUACAAGAGCUUUGUGUAUGACACUUUCAUUGAUCUUUGGACUGGAGUGGAACCGCGGAAGAGGAUUGUGGGACACCGUGAUGUGGCGUCAAAGAUACUGUCGGAUUGACUUCCUGCUACCUGGGAGGACGUUGCACGUUAGCAGGCCGUGGUCCUCCGUUUCUCAAGUCAAUGGAAGCCUGUAUCUCAUUAACAUGUGGUUAUAAUACAGACCAAGCUCGGUGGUGUUUAUAAGGACUACUCUCAUUGCAUUGUGCUUGAAUAAUAAUACGUUGAACCUGUAAACUGGAUAUUCUCUGUAUUGUGGAACGUUGAGUUUUGACUUGACCUCUAACUUCUGGGUUGUAUUAUGGACAUUUCAAAGCCUCGGUGGCAUGACCACAGAAUCAGUAUUAAAUAUGUUGGGCUCUGAGGGGAGCCGUUGAUCAACUGGGUGGGACUGCGUCAUCAUGGAAACCUGAUUCCCCCGUGAUGGCUUCUGGGAACAGCAUUGGCACCAGCAAGUCUAAAGUUGUGUAUUAUAGGGAAUCUGCCCCAUCCUACCUCUCAUGCCAGAGCCCAGGUCCAUCCUACCUCUCUCACCCAUGCUUGUGUUCAGAAUGGGUAAUCCAGAACCGCUAGGUAUUAAUAUGAACAACUCCAAACCGUGCGUCCCAGCUGGCACCCAGUUCAGUUCAUACAGGUGACUGUGUCAUUUGGGACGCACAUUGAGAUACUCCGUAAUGUGUACAGAUCCAGAACAGACCGUGUGUGUUAUUGUCCUGUUUAAUGUCCUCUGCUCGUGGAAGGCCUUCGUCUGUAAAGUGGACAUGUUGUAAAUCAAGUUGUUGUUGUUUGUCAGUGAAAGGCCACGCCCCCUUUCCCCUCCUUUCUUCCCUUUGUCCGUGUUGUCCUGGAGCUACUGGUAAAAGGAAAGCGGGACGGAGAUGCUGGAGAAUAGCAGCAGGUCCUAACAUUACUAUUUCGAAUCAGUACUGGUUCCCGUCUGAAUAAAACCUGUUUCCCAAUUAGCGUACUAAACAUUGAAUUGGUUGGCGUCUGGGGCCCAAGCAUCUGUUCCCGCUUCCUAAAAGCUCUCCUUACCCAAGCUAAUAUUAAGAGGACUGGGGCUGGAGAGAAAAUGGUCCUGGAAAAUAACAGAACAUUUAAGUUUAUUAUGUGAAGGAAGGGAUAGUACAAUGCAGAAGAAGCACCUCGGUGCAUAUUAUGUCCAGCACCCUACAGUUAAGAGUAACUGUUCAAAUUCCCUUUAUAGUAAUUGAAGUGUGUGCUUUGAUGGUGAACGGUUGGUUCAACAAAUGAAAUAUCAUCAUGAAUUUGUCAACAAGAAAAUAUCACUGAUUUUGUCGACAUGGGUACAUAUUGAUUGUUAUAAAAGAGGGAGUGGUUUUGAUGCCGAUGAUGCCACAUGGUCAUCUGCACAUUUUCAUUGUACUUUUGAAACUAACUGCUGUUUGACAUUGCUAUGUCUAAUAAAAAAAAGAAUUAAAAAGCUAAAUGAGA